CUCUCAACCAAUGAGCUCCCAGUCUAUGGCUGCCCAAGGGACAGACAAGGGGACAGUCAGGUGGCAACACUCCCGGCCAAGAGGGUUUAGUAGCAGCACCUCCAGCAGUCCACAGAACCACCUCCUUCUCAGUCCUGGACAUCCUGGACCCUAAUAAAUUCAACAGCAAGCAGAGACAUUGCAAUAUGGUCUACAAGCCAAGCACCGACUACAUCCUGAGGGCAGAGGACAAGCUGGAGGAGCCUGGCACCGAUCAGAAACCCUUCAUUGAAGACUUUGACACCUGCAAAAAGUCCCCCGAUGUUCUAAAAGAUGCAGAGCUGUACCAGCAGGCUGGGGAGGAGUGCCAAAACCAAGAUUUCAGCCCCAGCCCUGGCAGUGACCUGGAGGAAGAAGAGGAAGAUGAAGAAGAUGAAGAACUUUGCAGUGAAGAGAGCAGCAAUUCCACUGCUUCUGGAACCAUGGACAGGGAUCCAAGCGUAGUGGCCACACAGACAGAGGAAGGCCUUGUGGGUCAGAUUAAAUCUCCUAACUCCCAAGAGACUGGCAAGAACCAAGGGCUGCAGAACCAACAGCAAGGCCAGCAUGGCAAGCCCAAAAGAAAACGAGCAGGCUCAGAUUCCAAAUCUGGUAAGCCCCGCAGAGCUCGCACCGCUUUCACCUAUGAACAGUUGGUGGCCCUAGAGAACAAGUUUAAGUCCACCAGGUACUUAUCAGUAUGCGAGAGACUAAACCUUGCCUUGUCGCUAAGCCUGACUGAAACCCAAGUAAAAAUCUGGUUUCAGAACCGACGCACUAAAUGGAAGAAGCAGAACCCUGGAGCUGACACCAGUGCCCCUACAGGAGGCUCCAACCAUGGAGGAGGGUCUGGUAUGGGUGGAGGACUGAGUCCUAUUAGUCAUUCCCCUCCAAUGGGCAAUCCGUUAGGCAUGCAUGGACACCCUGGCUAUCCAACCCAUGCACCUGGUGGGCUCAUGUGUACAGCUCAAAUACCAUUCCUUCCAGGACCAGCUGCAGUCCUCUCACCCUUUGUUCUGAGCUCCCAGUCUUAUGGGGCUCCAGCUUUUUAUGCCCCUCACUUAUAA